AUGGCUUUACUAUUGGCUAUCCUUCCUUUCCCGCCAGAGCUCUUGGUAACGAUACUCACACUCCUUGACAUUGGAGAUUUAUGUACGUGCAGACGGGUCUGCCACUACUUCUAUGAUUUGAUCGAAGGGACCGCCGCCUUACAGUACAAGCUGGAACUUCUGUGGGCGGGAAUGGAGGACGGAGAGUUUGGUUCACUCUCCGCAUCAGAUAAAUUGCAACGCCUGCGCCGGCUGCAGAAAGCAUGGCGCUCGCUGAAGCUCAUACCCGGGCCGUCUGUGGAAGACCUCGGUGGCGAGGGCUUCGCCGUCUCUACUGAUACGCUAGUUCAGGAAGACUAUCCAGAAAGAUUUGAAUUUGUGAAGCUGCCCUCCCGGAUGCUGGGGAUUGAUGAAUGUGAACGACAAGUCGUGAACAUCAGGGACUGGACUAUAGGCGAACCCCAUAUGAUUCUCCUCGACGAUUCGCAGGACCUCAUGAUUCUCGGAGAAUACGACGAUGAGCCACAAUCCGAUGACGCUACAGGCAUUCAUCUAUACGACCUGAGGAGUUAUGGGAACUGGCACCCUCACACACAGGUACCUGCAUUCUGGAAGAUGCAACCCGAACCUGCAAGCCGCGAAAGCGUGCAGCUUGCCGUACAAGGUGCAGUACUCGGGCGUUUGUCCAAUGAGCAUGGCGGGGCUGGUACUUUUCUAGAGCUAGGAAAUUGGCGUACUGGACGAACAUGCGCGGUAGUACCUUUUCUACCACGCCACGAAGUGACAAGUUUCACUUUCAUCGACCAGGAACACGUCCUCGUCGCCACCGCAAAUGAUCUUCGUAUCUACGUAUUCGAUCAUCAUCGACCAGAGAUGAAGGGUGCACCACUGAUGCUCCCUAGCAAAGACUACGUUUGUUCUUUGCAGCUGCCCCCGCUUGAAUGUGGAAUGACGCUGGUCGAGGGUGAACUGCAAGGUAAUACUCCCGCAGGUCCCAGCCUCCCGAGACGAAAACCGUUCUAUACAUCGUCAAGAAACCACAUCAUCACACUGAAAAUGCGCGUGCAGUCAAACUCCCUCGAUCGUGCUCUUGUGCUGAUUAUACCUGUACCUACGCUGAGGGCCUGCAUCGCGCGUGCUCGACGUUCAGGCGAGAGAAGACUCUUUUGGGGUGAAUGGGGGCUCUCGGGUACACGGCUGCUCUCCUAUGCAUGGUCUAACCUCACUGGUAUUGCAAUACGCGGAUGGAAAGUCAUGAUCACGAUCACAGACCACAGCAAGCCUACAGAUCGUCACACAUACGUAACGCUCUACGAGUUCGAUCCUGCCGUCUUCGAGCGCGAAAGGCAAGUAUCUACGACUCGAAUAUGGGCUUUCUCGGACACUGAAAUUAAUGAUAUGAUUCGUUUUAGAAAGCCCAUACUAACCUCGUUGCCUUUCCGCUUCACAUGCGUGAAGCUCCCCCUGUCGGCUGAUGUCGAUGGAUGCUGGAUGUUGGAAGAUGCUAUCUUACUUCGGGUAGGCCGUCUGAUGGAUGGAGCUGUGGCACUACCGUAUACAAUUCAAUUUAUCACACGGCCACACCGCCUCCGUCAACAACUGAUCCGCGACAUCCCCAGUGCCGCGGGUGAAUUCGACUGCGACGUACAACGGUUUCGCCCACAAACGCUCAUUCCUCGCACAAGUUGCCCAGAGCAGAUCCUUUGGUAUCCAGCACGGGCCACACGUACUGUGGGCCUAAAGACCAUGGUCGAGCUAGACGAUACUUACGGCGCGAUCCUAAUAGGCUCGUUCAUCUCGGCAAUCUUCUUCGGGAUUACGAACCUGCAAGUUUUUAUUUAUUUCCAGCAAUAUGCAGAGGAUAGUUCGUGGAACAAGCUGACCGUGUGCUGUUUGUGGCUGCUUGACGCAACUCACCUAGCACUCUGCAUGCAUAUGGUAUACUGGUACCUGGUUACCAAUUUCUUCAACCCCCAAGCAUUGCCGAACACCGUCUGGAGCUUCAAGGCGGUAGUAGUCGUCUCAGUACACACCCUAUACGCUGUUCGUCUGUGGAAGCUCGUGGAUAUACGCUCACACGCCGACACGCUUCAUGCCGAUCCAACGUCUUGCGCUAACAAUGUUGCAGUCAAGAACGCAGACGGGACACGAUCUCUAUUUCGCAAUGUCUUGCCUAUAGCGGUCGGUACCAUCGUAGCUUUAGUCGGAUAUGCUUAUCGGUCGCAUGAGACAAACUGGAAUGGCAAGUCUCUGCUCGUUGACAGCAAUAAUCGCUCGAUGCCGAAUAGCUUCAUUGUACUCAGCGUGGAGUUCAUGCUCACAAAACUCUACGUCAACUCGUUCCUGGCAAUGUUCAACGCUCGCAAUAAGCUGCGUGAUCAACCGUCCAUGGUAGAGAUUUCGGAGAUCAUCCUCACUCCCCUUGACGAAAUCCCAGUUGGCUCUAACCCUGAGCAAAUCUCCUGGUCCGCUAUCAACUGUUCAUCGACCAGCCAUGCGAACGUGCGCUACAACGUCAGGACAUCUCCACUAGUCAACGCCGAUGUUCAGCGGACCGCCUUCGCUAGUGCGAGCGCAGAAGGGAGGGCCGUGGACGAAUUGGACAAUGGGAUCAGCAGCUCUGACGUAGUCUUCGCUGCCAGUCUUGCUGCUGAGGUGUCGCAUCGCCUAUGCGAACAGGAUGUUAGACUCGCUUUGCAUACGUAUACCGAACUCCCACGAGCGAAGAGAGGGCUCGCGCGUUCUAGGGAUUAUAGAAAUACUCUCGACCGGCACAGCGCCUUGCCUCGAUAG